GACGAAGAUAGGCGUGCGGAGUGAACUGAACACAGCUUCUAGAGAGGGAGAAUCGCAGACACCGAGGAACACAAGGCCGUUUCUGUUGACACCCUUGUGACGGGGGGCAUCUCAACGUCAAGACGGAAUGACCUGUUUUCACUGGAUUGUUUGAUGGGGCUUCUAAGGAUCAUGAUGCCGCCAAAGUUUCAGCUUCUGGCGCUUUUGGCAUUCGCAGUGGCCAUGUUCUUCUUGGAGAACCAAAUCCAGAAGCUGGAGGAGUCUCGGGUGAAGCUAGAGCGGGCCAUCGCCAGGCACGAGGUGCAUGAGAUCGAGGAGAGGCACACGCAGGAAGGCCUGCGGGAGCGGGAGGCCCCCUCGGCGGCCGGCAGUGAGGACGUGGUGGUCAUCUACAACCGCGUGCCCAAGACGGCCAGCACCUCCUUCACCAACAUCGCCUACGACCUGUGUGGCAAGAACCGUUACCACGUGCUGCACAUCAACACCACCAAGAACAACCCGGUCAUGUCCAUGCAGGACCAGGUGCGGUUUGUGAAGAACGUGACAGAGUGGGGGGAGAUGAAGCCGGCGUUCUACCACGGCCACGUCUCCUUCCUGGACUUUACAAAGUUUGGAGUAAAGAAGAAGCCCGUCUACAUCAAUGUGAUCCGCGACCCCAUCGAGCGCCUGGUGUCCUACUACUACUUCCUGCGUUUUGGGGACGACUACCGGCCCGGCCUGCGGCGCCGGAAACAGGGAGAUAAGAAGACCUUUGAUGAGUGCGUGUCGGCGGGUGGCUCCGACUGCGCCCCGGAAAAGCUGUGGCUGCAGAUCCCCUUUUUCUGUGGUCACUACUCCGAAUGCUGGAACGUGGGCAGCCACUGGGCCUUGGAGCAGGCCAAGUAUAACCUGGUCAAUGAGUACCUGCUGGUAGGGGUGACUGAGGAGCUGGAGGACUUUGUGAUGAUGCUCGAGGCGGCGCUGCCGCGCUUCUUCAGGGGCGCCACUGAGCUCUACAAAACGGGGAAGAAAUCCCACCUGAGGAAGACAAGUGAAAAGAAGCCGCCCACCAAGGAAUCCAGCGCCAAGCUGCAGCAAUCCGCCAUCUGGAAGAUGGAAAAUGAGUUUUACGAGUUUGCCCUGGAGCAGUUCCAGUUUGUCCGGGCUCACGCAGUCCGGGAGAAGGACGGGGAACUCUACCUGCUGGCUCAGAACUUCUUCUACGAGAAGAUCUACCCCAAAAACUAACUAGCGCACAUGAAAGAUGGACCACUCCUCUAGGCUUCAUGCUGUAGUCACACACACUGGGGAGAGGACAGAGGAGAGGAGGAAAAAACCUAAGAUCAUCAGUGGAUCUGUGGAACUGUCUGUGUUAGACGUUGUUAGCAGUUUCUGAAUGUCGCCCCCUUCACUGACUCCUCCGCCUCCAUAGUAGCCGACAGAACCAGGAAGCUGCCUCUUCCUGGUGCAAGAGUGCCAAUAGGGCAUGUUCCCACCAGCAUCUAAGUUCCAGGACUACCUUUCUCCUUCCAGGUGAAAGUUCACGGGAGUGAUUUGCUUGACAGACACAUGGCAGGAGAUGAGUCUACUUGGCAGCUGGCCAUGUCCGUUUACUUCUGGUCACAUGAUUUAUAUUUUCCGUCCAGGGAGCAGGUUUUUAUUGGCUUGUUCUGUUUGUUUGCAUUUUAUUUGUAUUUUCAUUCUACUCUACUGUCAUCGUCUAUGGGAACAUUGUCGUCCCACUUUUUAUGUGUUCAAAUGAUGUAACCGUCUAAAAUUAAAAGUCGACUACAAUGUUAUCUUGGAGUUUAUCUAUAUGAAUUGAAGACGUUUUUACAAAUUCUCAAUUCUGUGGCCUCCAUAGACUUGGGUGACUGAUACACCCUGUUCACGACUGUGGUACUACUAUUCAGUGUUUUAUACUGUACUUAUUUACUUGUUUUCAGACUCUUUGACCCAGUUGGAUUAUUGCUAGGUGGAAUGUGAAGUGUUUACACAUGAUGUAAUUAAACUAUGGAAGAAGACAAUUCAGCUGCUGUACAUAUUACUCAUUUCAAUACAUCUAGCUCAAACGGUUAUUUUAUUUUAAGAGGACUUCAGAUUUGGUUAAUGAGUGAGCCAAUUGUAAAUUUUUCUCUCAGCUUUUGUUAUUUUCUCUAGAUUGGCAAGAGACCAUUUAAUUUGAGUGCUUUUAUUGUCAAUAUAUCAUAUGUUUUCUAUCAUUGGGCCACUAUUGAACCCAAAGUGCCCCCAAAUCCAUUGUUUUGCUGCUGUAAACUCAUUAACUUGUUGCAUUUCUCCAAACAAAGGGUGACGUUGACAAUUUUUUAUAUAUGACUUUUAAAACAUUUUUAUCCCAGAUUAUUAUCAUUUCUUUAUAUUCCCCUUAGGAUCAUAAAUUGCAAUCCAUUUUCAUUUAUGUUUCUAUGGUUAUCAUGUAAGACUAACUUUACCUAACCCAUGCGUGCACUGCUAACUGCUGGUGCUGCUAAUGCCAGUUCCUGUUCUUCUAUUGAUGGCCUACUAACACAGACACUGAUCAGAUCAUCUCUGUAACUCAGCCCAGCCACAGUGACUGCAGUGCCGGAGCACUAGAACAGCCCUUAAUUAAUCAAGCCUUAGCCCAGACUUUGAGACAGUGCAAAAAAUAAACGUUUUUUUUUUUUCUUCCCACAGUGGAUUAUAAAAGAAGGGUUGAAUCUCCUGAGGUAAAUUGUGAUGCUGGGAUGGUUGGCAGGCAGUACAAACUAAACAUGUCUUGUGUUCUCAUGUUAUUAAAGGGGCACUUCACCAUGUGACAUCA